GCAGCCACUCCCCGCCCGGCGCCUUGACGUUUGGAAACUGACGGAGCGGGGAAUCGAAACAGAAACCAGAUGAGAAACUGGGUUUAAAGCUCCCACUGGAAUGCGCAGGGGAGCUGGCUGGUUGGGCCCGCGGCGAGCACUGCAGAGGCCAAGAGGCCGCUCCGCUCAGUGAAUCUGCAGCUGGGUUCCCACCCCCUCUGCCACCUGCCCUCCUGCCCACCUGCCCUCCUGCCAGGGGCGCCCUCCCCGCGGGACCAUCGGGGGCUCUGCGGCAGCCCGGUCGCUGCCAGGCACCUGCUGCACAGCCUGCUGCUCCGAGGCGCGGGGCGCACAGCACCUGUUGAGCAGAGAAGAGCAACCCGUCUACCUGGGAGAACCUCUCUCUCCCUCCUCUGAGAAGGAAGGAUGACGACGAACGGGCAUUCUGCAGACAAGAACUUCCAUUACCUCCUCGCGUGCUUCCGGGCCAGGGUGAGGAUGUACAUCCAGGUGGAGCCUGUGCUGGACUACCUGACCUUCCUGCCCGCGGAGCUGAAGGAGCAGAUCCAGGCCAAGGCCACCACCCACGGGAACAUCGGCGCCGCGGAGCUGCUCCUGAGCACCUUGGAGAAGGGGGGCUGGCCCCCGGGCUGGACCCGCGUGUUCGUGGAGGCCCUCCGCAGGGCAGGCAACCCGCUGGCCGCCCGCUACAUGGACCCCGAGCUCACCGACCUGCCCUCUCCGUCCAGCGAGAACGCCAACGACGAGUGUUUCCAACUGCUGAGCCUCCUCCAGCCCACCCUGGUGGAGAAGCUCCUGGUCAGGGAUGUCCUGGACAGGUGUGUGGCAGUGGAGCUGCUGACGGUUGAAGACAGAAGCCGGGUUUCCGCUGCAGAAAAGAAUGGGAAUGAGGCGGGUGUGAGAGAGCUGCUGAGAAGGAUUGUGCAGAAAGAAAACUGGUUUUCUGCGUUUGUGACUGUUCUAAGGGAGACAGAGAACGAAGCACUAGCCCAGGAGCUAACAGGCGCGGACAGCAGUGCAGAAAAUGAGAAUUUAUCACAAGAAGAUGGUCCUGAAGAUAAAGAGCCACCUCUUUUAGCCAUAGAUCAGUCAAGUCCAGAGAAAGAUGCCUGGGACAUAUACAACCACUCAGUGGAAUUAUCUUUUACGGAUUCUUCUGUAGUUUCAGAAUCAGACACAAGUUUGGCAGAAGGAAGUGUCAACUGCUUAGAUGAAAGUCUUGGACAUAACAGCAACAUGGGCAGUGAUUCAGGCACCAUGGGAAGUGAUUCAGAUGAAGAGAAAAGGGCAGAAAGAGCAUCCCCUGAGCCAGAACUGAAUCUCAGGCCAUACCAAAUGGAAGUUGCCCAGCCUGCUUUGGAGGGAAAGAAUAUCAUUAUAUGCCUCCCUACAGGGAGUGGGAAAACCAGGGUGGCCGUUUACAUUGCCAAGGAUCACUUGGACAAGAAAACAGCAUCUGAACUGAGAAAAGUUAUCGUCCUUGUCAACAAGGUACCACUAGUUGAACAGCUCUUCCGUAAAGAGUUUCAAAAAUUUUUGAAGAAAUGGUAUCGCAUUACAAGAUUAAGUGGUGAUACCCAAAUGAAAAUAUCAUUUCCAAAAUUUGUCAAAUCCUAUGACAUUAUUAUCAGUACAGCUCAAAUCCUUGAAAACUCCCUUUUAAACUCAGAAAAAGGAGAAGAUGAUGGUGUCCAGUUGUCAGACUUUUCUCUCAUAAUCAUUGAUGAAUGCCAUCACACCAACAAAGAAGCAGUCUACAAUAACAUCAUGAGGCGUUAUUUGAAACAGAAGUUGAAAAACAAUAAGCUCAGGAAAGAAAACAAACCAGUGAUUCCUCUACCUCAGAUCCUGGGACUUACAGCCUCACCAGGUGUUGGAGGGGCCACCAAGCAAGCUAAGGCUGAAGAACACAUUUUAAAAAUAUGUGCCAAUCUUGAUGCAUUUACUAUUAAAACAGUGAAGGAAAACAUCUGUCAACUUAAAGAACAAAUAAAAGAGCCAUGCAAAAAGUUUGUCAUUGCAGAUGACACCAGAGAAGAUCCAUUUAAAGACAAACUUCUGGAAAUAAUGACAAAGAUUCAAACCUUUUGCCAAGUGAGCCCAAUGUCAGAUUUUGGAACUCAACCCUAUGAACAAUGGGCCAUUCAAAUGGAAAAAAAAGCUGCAAGAGAAGGAAAUCGCAAAGACCGUCUCUGUACAGAGCAUUUGAGGAAAUACAAUGAGGCCCUGCAAAUUAAUGACACGAUCCGAAUGAUUGACGCCUAUAAUCACCUUGAAACUUUCUAUAAAGAUGAGCGAGAAAAGAAGUUUGCAGUCCUAGAGGAUAGUGAUGAGAGUGGUGAUAGUAGCGAUGAUGGUGAUGAAGAUGAGAAUGAUGGAAAGAAACCUUUGAAAAUGGAUGCCACAGAUACAUUUCUCAUGGAUUUAUUUUUUGAUAACAAGGAAAUGUUGAAGAAACUGGCUGAAAACCCAGAAUAUGAAAAUGAAAAGCUGACCAAAUUAAGAAAUACCAUAAUGGAACAAUAUACAAGGACUGCGGGGACAGCAAGAGGAAUAAUUUUCACAAAAACACGACAGAGUGCAUAUGCCCUUUCCCAGUGGAUUACUGAAAAUGAAAAAUUUGCAGAAGUAGGAGUCAAAGCCCACCAUCUGAUUGGAGCUGGACACAGCAGUGAGUUUAAGCCCAUGACCCAGAAUGAACAAAGAGAAGUCAUUAGUAAAUUUCGCACAGGAAAAAUAAAUCUGCUUAUCGCAACCACUGUAGCUGAAGAAGGUCUGGAUAUUGAAGAAUGCAAUAUCAUUAUCCGUUAUGGUCUCGUCACUAAUGAAAUAGCCAUGGUCCAGGCCCGCGGUCGAGCCAGAGCCGAUGAGAGCACCUACGUCCUGGUUGCCCACAGCGGCUCGGGAGUUGUUGAACGUGAGACCGUUAAUGACUUCCGAGAGCAAAUGAUGUAUAAAGCUAUAGACCGUGUUCAAAAUAUGAAGCCAGAGGAGUAUGCUCAUAAGAUUUUGGAAUUGCAGAUGCAAAGUAUAAUGGAAAAGAAAAUGAAAAUCAAGAGAAGUAUUGCAAAGCAUUGCAAGGCAAACCCAUCGGUAAUAAGUUUCCUCUGCAAAAACUGCAGUGUGGUCGCCUGCACUGGAGACCAUAUCCAUGUGAUUGAGAAAAUGCACCAUGUCAAUAUGACACCAGAAUUCAAGGAACUCUACAUUAUGAGAGAAAACAAAGCACUGAAAAAGAAGUUUGCAGACUAUCAAACAAAUGGUGAGAUUAUCUGCAAAACAUGUGGCCAGGCUUGGGGAACGAUGAUGGUGCACAAAGGCUUAGAUUUGCCUUGUCUCAAAAUAAAAAACUUUGUAGUGUGUUUCAAAAAUAAUGCAACAAAGAAGCAAUACAAAAAAUGGGUAGAAUUACCUAUCACAUUUCCUGAUCUUGACUAUUCAGAAUAUUGUUUGUUUAGUGAUGAAGAUUGACAUCUGGUUGAAGAUUCUUUUAAAACUUGUCAACUUGAAACUUAAUAUGAUUUUGAUUAAUGCUUUUUAUUAUACUAAAGAACUGAUGUGAAAAUUUAAUAAAAUAAUUGUACUUUGAGAUGAGCGGUAUGAAGCAAAAAAAUAUGUCAGACUUUUUAUUAUUUAUCUUAUUUAUGGGCAGGGGUAAAGAAAUUCUAUCAAUAAUAUUCAUUAGUGUGGAGCAGUAGGGUGGGGAGUACUAUGGAAAAAAAAUGCCAGAGUAUAAAUGAGGGUCUAAGGUACCAAUUUCAGUCCUGUCACUAAUUUUCAAAAUAAAAUUAAGCAAACCAGU